AUGAUAAGAUAAGCAAAUGCAGCCCACCUUCUGUGGCCUUUGCGACAACCAAGCGAUACAGAUUUCAGUGUUUAGUAUCGAACCGUGGUUACAUCUGACCCAUAUGACAUAACAGCUGGGAAAUGUGACAUAACCGCCAAAUUUAACUUCAAGUUAUGUUUGUGAACGUAUGAAGAAUAACGCAAGAUAAUAAAGUUUUUGUGAAUGCAUAUUAGUUAUGACCACAGAAACCGAAAAGCUGAAGAAGAGGCUAGAACUGAUGAGCAAGGAAUUGUCAUUACAUCAACGUAAGUUAAGGAGACAUAUUCGGAAGAAAGAAGUCAAACUGAAUGACAAGAAAGCAAAAUUUACCAAGAAUUCAUCACACUGUACAAUUGGCACCAUUGCCAAGCAUCCAUGUGUCUUAGAAAUAUCAGCUCUUGAAAAAUGCAACAAAGGUCUUGUAUCCAGCUUAAGUAAACAUAAUUUUAUUUAUUCUAGUGAUUCAAAAGAUGAAGCACGGGGGGUUUCAGUGGGUGCUACAUUACCACACAGUCAUAGCAUUCACAUUGCUAGUGAACCCAAAAUUAUACAAAAAAAUGUAAGCAGAGAAGAACAUGUAUGUGCAACAGUUGUCCCUGAACUUGCAUCGCAACAAUACUUCCCUGUUUUGGGAGAAGAGAAUUCAUCACUCAAGCAAAGUGACAUCACUAAUAAAGACAUAGGACCAACUAUCAGUACAGACUGUAAAGAAGCUCCUACAUACUCAACAUACUCAACUCCAAGGAAAUUGAUUAGCAAUGAAAAUGACAGUAAUUGGUCACCCAUAUUAACUCAAAAAAAUUGUGUUUCAAAGAGUUCUGCAAAGCCACGAACCAGCUUUAUAGAAAAAAGAAAGAAAUGUUUAUUGUCAUCAACUAAAUCAAAGAAAAAAUAUAUCCACAAGCAGACUUCAUUCACAUUAAACCAUGAGAUGUUGCAUAAAGUGAAAAACGCUUUACCUCUAGAUAGUCUCGCUGCCCCAGGUGAUAUUACAAGUUCCGAAAGCACAAGGGUCACACAUACUGAUGAUACACUUCUAGUCAGAGAGGACACAGUUUAUAAAAAACCAGAGAGAAAUGGUUUUGUAACAUUCCCUCCAUGUGUAGCCAAAGGCAGAGUUUUAUCUGUCAUUUUUGAAGACAGCUUUCUUGUUUUAGUUCAAGAGUUUCAAAUCAGUCUCUGGAGAUUUUUUAAAAGAAAAGCACCGUGCUGGUUUCACAUCGGAGUGUUACCUCGCAAACUUCUUGAUUGUGGAAUCUCAGUGGGAUGUAUGAGCAGGAAGGUUAACUUUGGCAGUGAGCAAAUGUUUGUCUGUAUUGAACUGUGGACAUCUGAUGCAGAAGAACAGACUAUACUGACAUGUGUGAUAUACAGCUAUAAUACAAUUGAACGUACAUUCAAAUCUUGCUGCGUCGAAUUUAAGCACAUACAAUGGUACAUGAAGAAUGUACAGUUCUGCAUCCUUCCUGAGCUCUCAGUAGCUGUCAGCUGGGCACUAUGUGAUGAUGCCCUCAGCACAAAAAUUGUGAAGUUUAAUAUUGAUGUUGAGUCCCAGUUGAUUCUGAAAUCUACAGAGAUGGUUCCAGUGAUGGGUGCUGUAAAUUCUCUUCAUUCCCUUAAAGGCUGCGAAGCAGUCAUCAUUGGGGAGAGUACCUCACAAAUAUACCUGUGGAACCACUAUACUGGUGCCCUUGUUAAAUUAAUCCAGUGUCUGAGGACUGAUACAAAGCUGCAAUGGGCUGAUGAGGACCAGGGUUUCCUAUUUGCAGCAGUUUCUACUCUGCUGCACACAGAACUAAUAGCAGUGAAUCUAACAACAGGGAAGCAGAAACAAGUGCGCAAAUACCUCCUUCCAGACACACACAAGCUAAUGGGAAUCAGCGUGGAGCGUGGGAAGAUGAUGGCAGUUUUCGUGGAAGGAUUCAUGUGCUGGGAUCUCGUGGCUGAAACAGGAACCACACGGGCAAAUACUCAAAUAUUAAAUUGGCAAUAGCAUGUACUACAUUUUGGGUCCAUUAAACAGUCAAAACAGUCGAUGUAAAUGUGCCUACAACUAUAAAUAAUAUUUUGACACUGUACAGAUUGCCUCUUGUGCUUCUGACUUGAUAGCAGUUAACCAUUUCUCUGUAUUGUUGUAUCUAUAGUAUGUCUAAAAAUAUUGCAAUAAAAUAUGAUGAUCACUUCAAA